GGGGGGAAGGUGAAAAUAAAAAUUAGCUGAAGGGAAGAUGGCGAGAGGCUCCCGGUGUUUGCGGAGAGCGGUAGCGGAGUGUAUUAAGCAGUUACCGUUCACGGCAGCUCGAGAAACACCGGGCAGAAACGGAGUCAGAUAUCUGUCAUCGUGUGGGAUUCUGAUGACCAGGGUGCCUCUUCUCUUGCGGACCGUGUCUAGACGUCCUGUGCUCAAUCCAUCCAGAAGCUUUUUCAACCUCACUGAUUCUUUCAACAGGAGGAAAGAGUAUUCUGAGAGACGCAUCAUUGGGUAUUCCAUGCAAGAGAUGUAUGAUGUGGUGUCCAAGGUUGAAGACUACCUUCACUUUGUGCCCUGGUGCAAGCGCUCAGAUGUAGUGUUCAAGCGUUCUGGUUUCUGUAAGGCCAAGCUAACAGUGGGCUUUCCUCCUGUGGUGGAGAAUUACACGUCUCUUGUUACGACAGUGCGCCCCCAUUUGGUGAAGGCUUCAUGUUCAGAAGGUAAACUGUUUAAUCAUCUGGAGACAGUGUGGCGCUUCAGUCCUGGCCUACCUGGCUACCCCCGUACAUGCACCCUGGACUUUGCUAUUUCCUUCGAGUUCCGCUCCCUGUUGCAUUCGCAGUUGGCCACCAUGUUCUUUGAUGAAGUAGUUAAGCAGAUGGUGUCAGCGUUUGAACGACGGGCCUGCAAACUGUACGGCCCUGAGACACCGAUCCCCCGUGAGCUGAUGUUCCAUGAGGUCCACCAUACGUAGCAUCUCUCCACACGGAGGAGUGUCCAGGGUGGGAGGGCAUUAAGGGAGUUCUGGUAAAGGGUGCGAAGAGGGGAAGCUAACAGACACAACUUCACUUGCUUCGGUAUCUGCAGUGCCUGGUCCAAACACAACCAUUUGAUUUUUACAUUUUUAUCCAAAGUUAUUUCUGAGGCUGGAUCUAAUUUGCAGGCUUGACAUUGUUGGGCGAGUUUACUGUAUAACUGCAUCACUCCAUCUCUAAUUAUUUUAGAACUGCACUUUGAGCCAUAUAUUAAUGGCAGCUGGACUAUGUGGAAGGUCUGGCAAGAGCUCAGUAAACAGAUGUUGGUUUUGUGAAUGGUGCAAAGGAGAUGGAGACAGUUAGUUAUUUGAUGUGUGGGAUUGGGAUUUCAGUAGGAUUGAACAAGACUAAGCUACUUUUUUGAAUCCUGUAAGCUUUUGCCAUGUUUUUUUUUUAAAUAAACACACGCAAAAACAAUCUAGAAGAACUGGACUUGUCCAGUCUGGGUGAUAUACACUGUGAAUUGCCCUUAAUUAGCAACUCUUCCCCCCCAGUCAUAUGUUUUUUGUUCCUAAACUCACAAGGAGACUUGAUUUGAGUGCCUGUAUAUAAAGGGUACAUUCUAUACAUGUGCUUUGACUGCUGCAGUGGCUGAAUACAUGCGUUCAGUUAGUGCUGCAUGGAAGACUGACAGGCAGCGAUCCUUCCACACCAGCAUGAGUAUAGCUUUAGCUUUCAAUGACAAGUGCUAUGAGAAAUCGAACAUGUUAGAAACGCUUGCACAGCACUAACUUUUUUCCCCCUGUGUAGUGUGGUGACAUGGUUGCCAAGUCUGAAGGAUGGAUGUUGGUACGUGUCUGUAUAUAGUUUUAACUGCUGAAUGUUCAUUGUUGGGAGCACAACAUGUAACAUCUUUUAUAGUGCGUCUCAAUAAGUGUAUAAAUCUCGGGACAAGUGUUAUAUUGUAAAAGUGUGCAAUAUAAUUGUAAAGUGUUCUUUUUUUUUUUAAAUAGAUAGAUCCUUGCACCUUUAAAAGGGCCCAAACUCAGGGGGCUGAUGGGGAAAAUACCCUGCAUAGCUCUCAUGACCUUACUGUAAAGUGAGGUAUCUGUAAACCUAGACCUUCAGAUUUUGAGUGACCUGCAUGCCCUUACUGCUUUUGAAUUCAGCACAUCACAUAUUUAUCACUCUUCAAACAUAUUCAUACAUAUAUUUAUUUUGGUUAUGGGAAAGCCACAUGUAUAUAACUAAUGUAAGACUAGACUACAGUGUAUAAUAGUUUUGUUUCUUGUAGUAAGAUAUGAGUAGUUUUGAUUGGGGUGUUUGGUGAAGUUUAUGAAGUUGCAUUUAACUGAGUGAAAAAGAAUAAGCCUGGAGCAUGAGAAAUACAUUAUAUGCCAAAAAACCUCACCAACCUUCAGUUACUUGUUUUUAUAAGCAUCCAAAGUGACCAGGCUCACCAUAGAGUUUUCUUCUAAUGGUUUUCUCCUGAAAAGAGACAAAAUGAGGGAUGGGUCUGAUUUCACAACACUAUAUCUGCCUCAUGGUUGUCAAUCAUGGUGUGGUUUAAAGGGUCAUUAAGUGAGAUGAGGAAAUUUGUUUCUUUCAUGGGCAUUAGAAUUGGUGAACUUAUAGGUGUAAUAAAUGACUUAAACAGAAACACGGAGUCUUCUACCUCUAGAAGAUUUGUCUUUGUACCUUCACAACACUUAGAAACCUGUAAUACAUACCAGCCUUGGUAGUUUGGUUGUAGAUGAGACAACACCCAUAUGGGGUUACUGAGAGAUGGCACGGUGUAAAAUCUUAUUCUGGAACAUCAUGUUUUAUUAAAUAAACCACAAUCACUAAUUAAUUAUUGUACAAAACAUUGAUUUACUGCCAUACAUUUGUAACUUUAACUGAAAAAUAAAAGCUGGAAGGUUUUCA